AUGUACCCCACCCGCUCUGCCCCUACACCCCCUCGAGCCGACCGAGGCGAGCUUCGGGAAGCAUUGCCAGCCGGCCACCCAUUCGCGAACCCCUUCCCUUACGACACCCCCAACCACUACAGCUGCUCUACUUCGUCGCUGUCUUCUUCGGCUUAUACGCGUUCUGCGUCGAGCCCUGUUUCUACCCCGAGCAGACGCGCGCCUCAGAGCCCGACGGCCAGGCUGGCCCAGCCGCUCUCGCCUGCGAGGUCUGCCUCCCCUCCUUCUGUCUCUACUACCAGUGGAAGAAGAAGGGUGGAUGAAUUUGGCAGGGGCAGGUCUAUGACCAACCCCGCGCCCCCUCCCGCGCCGGUGUAUGCUACCCUGCCUACCGAGCUAUCUUUGUUCGAGGCGCGCCCGAGGCAGACAUUGCUGCAGGAUGUGGAAAACAUUCUCGGCAAGAGGAUGCACUUUCCUUUCCUUGCUCGAUACUCUUCCUCCUCCUGCACCUCCUCCUCAUCAUCAUCAGCGAAGAAAGAGAAAAAAGCAAAGAAGGAGGCGGGGAAGGAGAAGAGGACGCGGAGGCGAUUGACGAAGGAACGGCCGUAUGACGACAACUGGGCGAUCUGGGCGGGGAUGGACCAGUUUAUGGAUAGUCAAGUGGUAGUAGCGGAGGAGCAGAAGAGCAGGAGGGGGGUGAGGGGGGGGAACUGGAUUUAG